AUGGGGUGUAUACAGUCCAAACCGGCAGUCAAGGACCCGUUACCAGAUCGAGUCAACGAAGAUGAGAAUAGAUCAGCGAAAGUUGACGGAACGUCGCAAUUAGAAGCCAAGGUAGCGUCGGGUCGCAGCAUUGACGAUGCCACGUCUGGAAAAUCGGCUUCGGGUCGCCUGCCGUCGCUUUUCAGUAAAAGCCGUCGCAGGGAUGACCAGGGCGACAGCACGGACGAUGGCGACGACAAAGGCGUGGAUUCCUCGCCGAGGGAAGCCACGGGUAUCCACUGCUUGCCAACAGGAGGCGUCCGCGGAUUUAAGUCCUCAGCUUCUCCCGCAGGCGCUGCUGCCACACCAGCUGCACUAACCACAUCCGCGGAAGCGGCUGUAGCAGAGGAGGCGAGCACGCCUGUGGCUGUGGGUCCCAAGCUCAUCCGCUCCAAGGGCAAAAUCGAGAUCAUGGGGUUUGAGGUGGCAAACGUGUUCGUGAGGGCAAUUAACUUGCGCCAGUCGCUGCUGGAGAGGGACAUAGAGGACCUGCGGGCGGAGGUGCUGGCGUCGGAGGGCAUAAGGAUGCUCGUUUCAGACGACUUCUACCACGUCUGGUGCAUUGCUGCCGAGGACAAGCGGGGCGAGUUGAGAGCAGUGGCAAGGGACGUAGCACGGCUGGGCAAGCAGUGUCUUGACCCCGCACUGCAUUCGCUCACACAGGCGUUUGACGCCCUGGGCACCAUGGAUGGACCCAAGGGCCGAAUGACAUCCGCGGAGGUGGAGGGGGAGUUGCGAGCGCUAGAGGGGCAGGCGCAGGUCACGGCGGAGUUGUAUCACGAAUUGGCAAAUCUAGAGCAGCUACAGCAGUCUUUGGACAGACGUAUGAAGCAGGACACAGACUCCGCUGUCAAUAGAGAGCUGAUAGCGCAGAUGCGGGCAGAGCUGAAGGCACAGGAGAAGAUAGUGAAGACGAUGAAGAAGAAAGGACUCUGGUCGAAAACCAUGGACGAGGUGGUGGAGAAGCUGGUUCAGGUGGUAAUAUUCCUUCAUGACCAGAUUGUGGACGUUUUCGGUGCCGAUGUGGUGAAGGUGGGGCGUCUCAUGUCAGGCACGCCUCCCACAGCCGCUGAUCUGAGGAAGCUGGGAGUGAACGGCAUGGCGCUGCAAUACGCCAACAUUGUCAACAUGAUCGACACCAUGGUGAUGCGCCCAGCAUGUGUGGAGACUCAAAGGGAGGCGCUUUUCUCUGCCCUGCCUGCUUCUGUCUGUGGGCGGUUGAAGCGAACACUGCUGCAGUCACAAGAUAUAGAGCAGGAGAGCACAGAGAGCAUCCGGCAGAAGAUGGAGGCGGUGCUGGACUGGCUGGUGACCAUGGCUGAGAACACAAUCAGGUUCGGGCUAGACAGCAGGGUGCAGGGCCACACGGACCUCACUCUCCUGCAGACGCUGCAGCAUGUGGAUCACCUCAAGAUGGAGCGCCUCGUGCUGCUGCUGCUCGUGGGCCUGCAGCACCUCGCCAGCCGCAGCGCGGACAACGACUGGAGUCCCGUUCCCCGCGGGGUGGUGCUUGCACCGGUGUAUUCGCCGAGGGUGCUGUCUCCUGAUCGCGCCGGCUCUUCUGCUGCUGCUGGUGCUGCUGCUGGUGCUGGUGCUGGUGCUGGUGGUGAUGAUAUUGGUGCUGAAACGGCUGCUGCUGUGGGUGAAUCGGAGGGGAUCGUGAUUCGUGCUAAUGGGGAGACCACUGGAGAGACAGGAGAGCAGAGUAUUGGUGUUGAAACAGCCUCUGAUAAGGCUGCCACCGGUGCUGCUCUUGCUGCGGCUAGCAGUGCUGCUCGUGUUGCCUCUCUUUCAGCUGGGUCUGAGGAAGUAGCCAUGGAGGAGGAGGAGAAGGCACGGGCAGAAGAAGGGGGCGCGGAUUCUGCCGCAGCAGAGGGGUUAGGAGGUGUGGAAACCGGUCGGCCUCGGUCGGCUGGUUUUGAAGCUGGUGCGGUGGAUGCGGCAGGCUCGGCCGAGCCUCCGGUGUGGCGGCAGACUGGGGGAGGUGGUGGUAGUCGACCGUCUAGCAGCGGAGGGAGGCCUGCCACUGCUGAUGCUUCAGCAACAGAGGAUGCUGAAUCUCCUGCUGCCGCUGCUCGUAGGGCGCUAGCUAGCGGCAUGGGCACCAGCCGGAAGAGUCUGGAAAACGCCCUUCGCAUGGGGGGUAAUGCGGGAAAACGCCCUGUGGAUGUUGCCGGAGCUUUCGGAAGCCCGCUCGACCGUAGCAAGCUGCCAGGCUCGGCAGCAGGCUCGGGCGCGGCAGGCUCGGGGCCGUUGGCAGGCGAAGCGCUGCUGGCAGCAAUGACCAUGAGCCAGGGCUUUGGUCCAGCAGCCCGAGGCGCAGCUUCGGAAGAGAUGAUGGAGGCGAUGCGAGAGGCCACGUACGGCCGAAGCAGGAGCCACACCUUUGCCAUGGCGGCUCGGCCCGAACCUAACCCGAGGUUCUUCACGAAAUCCCUAAGCAGAUACAGCCUGCUGAGACGAAUGGAAGCAGAAGAAGCAGGGGGGGGUGGUGGGGGUGGCGGUGCGGGCAGCAGCAGCACUGGGGGAGGGUCGAUCUUUGUGGCGCCUCAGAGGUUCCUACCGAUGACUCCUGCAACGGUGGAUGUAGACCGGAUCCAUGACGUGAAGCCGGAUUUGGACCUCACCAGUGUGGCUGCGCCUAGACUGGGAGGCAGACUAGUGUAG